CUUUGCUCAAAAACAAAUCGUUGACUCUACUUCAUUUUAAGACUUCCCGGGAGAUUAUUCUCGGGCCUAGUGGCACACCAAUGUUGACUGUUGAAUUCUUCGGUUCUUUUGGACAGAAACAGUUAAGCCCAUAUGGUUGGAGUUGGGAAUCAGUCGAUUAGGGUCAUUACGGGUCUAACGACAUUAGCGAGGCUCGGAGGUUUUUUUUAUGCACUGCAAGUGUUCGAGGAAAUGUCUAAACGAGAUAAAACAUAGCCUGCAUUUCAAGAAAGUUAUUGUGUUGUAAUGGUGAAGCAAGGAUUGGAUUCUUUCGAUUGAUGCAGAACUAAUAAGGACUUGAACAAUGACAACGUUGCGUAUCUGAUUGGGUAAGGACUUCUUCGUGCCAAUCUAUCAUGUAUGCAUUGUUUCUAUUAUUGAUGCAGAGCUAAUAAGGACUUGGAAUUGUCUCCCACUCAUUCACGUUGUUAUUUGUUUAGUGAGCAGUUACUUUCUGAACACCUUUUUUGUGUAUUUAAGUAAAUGAUUGUCUUUGAAUGGAAUAGAAGAAAAUUUGCAGUAACUUAUUCUAAAGUCUUUGAUAACCAAAGUCUUCUUCUUUUUUUUUUUUUUUUUUUUUUCUUGCUUUCUCGCUUUAUGUAAAGCUAAUCUAAAAAAGAUAGUUUUUGGAGAGAAAUAACAAAUAUGGGGAAGAAGUGGAUCGUGUUCUUUGCUUAUUUGCUCUUAUCUAGCUUCUUUAUAAGUUCUAGCUCUGCAGGGAUAACGAAAGAAAGUCCUUUGCCAAUAGGACAAACUCUCAGCUCCUCUAAUGGUUUUUAUGAACUGGGGUUCUUCAAUUUUAAUAACUCCCAGAAUCAGUAUGUCGGAAUCUGGUUCAAGGGUAUUAUUCCCCGGGUGGUUGUGUGGGUGGCCAAUAGAGAAAAGCCUGUUACAGAUUCCACGGCAAAUCUCGCUAUCAGCAACAAUGGAAGUCUUCUGUUAUUUAAUGGCAAACAUGGCGUUGCAUGGUCCAGUGGAGAAGCUCUUGUUUCUAACGGGUCUCGUGCAGAGCUUUCAGACACCGGAAAUCUUAUUGUCAUAGACAAUUUUUCGGGAAGAACUCUAUGGCAAAGCUUUGACCAUCUUGGUGAUACUAUGCUUCCUUCCUCAACCCUGAAGUAUAACCUCGCCACUGGCGAGAAGCAGGUGUUGAGUUCUUGGAAAAGUUACACUGAUCCAUCGGUUGGCGACUUUGUGCUUCAGAUUACGCCACAAGUGCCAACGCAGGUGCUUGUUACGAAAGGAUCAACGCCUUAUUAUAGAAGCGGUCCAUGGGCUAAAACAAGGUUCACGGGGAUACCGCUAAUGGAUGACACAUUUACAGGUCCAGUCAGCGUUCAGCAGGAUACAAAUGGGUCAGGAUCUCUCACUUAUUUAAACAGAAACGAUAGACUUCAACGUACAAUGCUAACAUCAAAGGGCACACAGGAGUUGUCUUGGCAUAAUGGGACGGACUGGGUAUUGAACUUUGUGGCUCCAGAACACUCAUGUGAUUACUACGGUGUAUGUGGACCUUUUGGGUUAUGUGUGAAGUCUGUUCCUCCAAAAUGUACGUGUUUCAAAGGGUUUGUUCCUAAACUCAUUGAGGAGUGGAAAAGAGGAAACUGGACUGGUGGUUGUGUGAGGCGUACCGAACUAUAUUGUCAAGGAAACUCUACUGGCAAAUAUGCAAACGUGUUCCAUCCUGUUGCCAGGAUAAAGCCUCCAGACUUUUACGAAUUUGCAAGUUUUGUGAAUGUUGAAGAAUGCCAGAAAAGUUGCCUCCACAAUUGUUCUUGCUUGGCCUUUGCUUAUAUCGAUGGAAUUGGGUGCUUAAUGUGGAACCAAGACCUAAUGGACGCAGUGCAAUUUUCUGAAGGAGGAGAACUUCUCUCCAUUCGUCUGGCACGUUCUGAACUAGGUGGAAAUAAGCGCAAGAAGGCCAUUACUGCUAGUAUUGUGAGCCUUUCUCUUGUUGUGAUAAUUGCGUUUGUUGCGUUUUGUUUCUGGAGAUAUAGAGUGAAACAUAAUGCUGAUAUAACAACGGAUGCUUCACAAGUUUCAUGGAGGAAUGAUCUGAAACCACAAGAUGUCCCAGGUUUAGAUUUCUUUGAUAUGCAUACCAUUCAAACUGCCACCAAUAAUUUCAGUAUAUCAAACAAACUCGGACAAGGUGGAUUUGGCCCUGUUUAUAAGGGUAAGCUGCAAGAUGGGAAAGAAAUUGCUGUAAAACGGCUUUCUAGCAGCUCGGGCCAGGGCAAAGAGGAGUUCAUGAAUGAAAUAGUACUCAUCUCAAAACUACAACAUAAAAACUUAGUUCGGAUUUUGGGAUGUUGCAUUGAAGGAGAAGAGAAGCUAUUGAUUUAUGAGUUCAUGUUGAACAAUAGCCUUGAUACCUUUCUCUUCGAUUCAAGAAAAAGGCUUGAGAUUGACUGGCCAAAGAGAUUGGAUAUCAUUCAAGGUAUUGCGCGUGGAAUUCACUAUCUCCAUCGUGACUCACACCUCAAGGUUAUUCACCGAGAUCUGAAGGUUAGCAAUAUUCUUCUUGACGAGAAGAUGAAUCCAAAGAUAUCAGAUUUUGGAUUGGCUCGGAUGUAUCAGGGAACCGAAUAUCAGGACAAUACUCGCAGGGUUGUAGGAACUCUAGGAUAUAUGGCUCCUGAGUAUGCAUGGACUGGGAUGUUUUCUGAAAAGUCCGACAUCUAUAGCUUUGGAGUUCUAAUGUUAGAAAUCAUAAGCGGGGAGAAGAUCUCAAGAUUCAGCUAUGGCAAAGAAGAAAAAACCCUUAUUGCAUAUGCGUGGGAAUCUUGGUGUGAUACUGGAGGAAUUGAUCUCUUGGACAAAGAUGUCGCCGAUUCAUGUCGCCCACUGGAAGUUGAGAGAUGUGUUCAGAUCGGUCUGCUCUGUGUUCAACACCAACCUGCAGAUAGACCCAACACACUUGAGUUGCUGUCUAUGCUCACCACAACAUCAGAUCUUCCACCACCAGAACAACCGACAUUUGUAGUGCACAGGAGAGAUGACAAAUCAUCGUCUGAGGAUUUGAUCACUGUGAAUGAGAUGACAAAGUCUGUGAUCUUAGGGCGUUAAGAAAUGAUGUUUGAUCUUAGGGCGUUGAUAACAAACUUCACCUUUUAUUCUUUUUGUAACAUAUUUUUUGUAUACAUGAACCUCCAUUCUGGUGCAC